CGUCGUCGCUUCUCCGCUCUCGACGAGGUUAAGGUGUUGUAGCAGCGCUCUGCGAAUAGUCUCUGGUCUUAUAUAAAAACCAAACCAGCCACUCGCCGAUUCUAUCUCUUUGUUAUCGUCACAGACAUAACUGCAAAAGCUUGGACUUUUGUAAUAAAUCUCUCUUUCUUCUCCUCCAAGUUUUCUUUCGGGCGCUUCGAUGGCGAAAGACGGACCCAAUUGGGAUGGAUUGCUUAAGUGGAGUCUCUCUCACGCCGACGGUACACGACCAACUCGCCAGUUGAGCGAGGAGGAUAGGAAGUGGUUUAUGGAGGCUAUGCAAUCACAGAGUGUAGAUGUAGUCAAACGCAUGAAGGAGAUUACACUCGUUAUGCAAACACCUGAACAGGUUUUGGUUGAUCAUGGUGUCACACCUCAAGAUAUCGAAGAUUUGCUCGAUGAGUUGCAGGAGCACGUUGAAUCGAUCGAUAUGGCUAAUGAUCUUCAUUCUAUUGGAGGCUUGGUUCCUCUUCUCGAGUUUCUUAAAAACUCUCAUGCUAAUAUUCGGGCAAAAGCUGCUGAUGUCGUGAGGACGAUAGUUCAGAACAAUCCUCGAAGUCAGGAGUUGGUAAUGGAAGCCAAUGGUUUGGAGUCACUGCUAUUAAACUUCACAUCCGACGCAGAUGUUCAUGUUCGAACUCAAGCUCUCGGCGCAAUAUCAUCUUUGAUUCGCCAUAACAAAGCUGGAGUCACUGCUUUCAAGCUUGCCAAUGGUUAUGUUGGUUUAAGAGAUGCUUUGGCAUCUGAUAGUGUGAGGUUUCAAAGGAAAGCAUUAAACUUGUUGCAAUAUCUUCUGCAAGAAUAUGAUUCAGACAGCAGACUUGGAUUUUCCGGAGUGUUGAUUCAUCUCGCGUCAAGUGACGAUGCUGAGACGAGAGAAGCUGCUCUCCGUGGAUUGCUCGAGCUUGCAAGAGAGAGAAACGAUGGAAGUGGAUGUAGUAGCAGCAUAGCGAAAGCAGAUGAGAAACUGAGACAGCUUCUAGUAGAGCGGGUUGAAGGAAUCAGCUUGAUGUCACGGGAGGAUCUUGAAACGGUUAGAGAAGAGAGACAGCUCGUGGAUGCACUGUGGAGGUUUUGCUACGAUGAACCUUCUUCUUUGAGAGAGAAAGGGCUUCUUGUUCUUCCCGGUGAAGAUGCGUUGGCUCCUGAUGUCGCAAGCAAGCUCUUCGAGCCUCUUCUCAGAGCUUCUGCAGCUUAACUUUAUUGCUUUUGUUUGUCUUGUAACAUUUUAUUUUUUCAGACAAAAAGUCUGAUAGAUUUCAAUACGAAGAAUCUAGUGUUUAUGUAAUAUGACAAUUUCUAUUUUUGUCUAAUGAUUUGAGAUCUUUGUUACUA